CCCAAGCUACGAGCGCAUGAUGACUCCAGAGGAGUCAGCAAGCAGGAGGCCUUUUGCUGGAUUUUCUUUGGUUCGUCCAUGGCAAGCACGAUCAAGCAUUUCGCCGACAGCUGCAUGUUCUCGAGCUUGCUAUUGUCAUUGUUUACCUACUGGAGCCUCUACGCUGCUGCUGCCGAAUACUCUACACGUUUCAGCGCCGACGGGUCGGAUCACCGGCUCUUCUACAUGAUGCUGGCCAUGAGCAUCUUCUUUAUGGACAUCAACUUUACAGGAGAUAUCCUUGUCCAAGAUGCGGAUACACGCAGACUGUAUUUCAAUGCCCUCGCCACCUGCUACUGUCUACUUGGCAUGAUGCACGCUCGAGUGGGCUACUGGUUGCCAGCCUGCCGCGGUUUUGCGACUUUCCAUUUGGCCCUGAACGCAGCGAGCGCGAGCCUGUACAUCUGGGCCGGCCGAAGCUCUGAGGGCCGAUGCCAGGUGAUUUCUUGGUUGGCCUGUGCCUUGUUCUUUCCAAGGACUUAUGGGCGGUCGUUGCAUGACCCUGGCUCCACCACCAGACAGAGAAAUGCAAAGGACUACAUUGGUCGUUCCCAGACGGUCAUGAUCACAACUCUAGCCUUGUUGGGGAAGUUCAUUACAAACGGAGUUCGGCCAGGCGAAGCUGAAGUGGGGCACGUUCGCUUCUGGGACGUU